UGCAGGGUCUGCAGUACCGUGGUGAUUCUCCAUCAUCCAGAGCAAACAAAAUGAUGCGCAUCCUGAUGUUCGUGAGAAUCCUCAGUCUUGUCCGUCUGCUGCGUGUGUCCCGUCUUGUUCGGUUUUUCAAUGAGGUGGAGAAAGUUUCAAAUGCUAACCUGGAAGUGAUGAGGUUAUUCCUGCGGAUCUUGUCUUUAUUUAUGAUGAUUUUCCUCCUGUGUCAUUGGAAUGGCUGUAUUCAGUAUUUUGUACCUAUGCUUGAAGAGUUCCCAUCGGACUGCUGGGUUAGAAGAGAGAAAUUAAUGAAUGCCACAGUGGGGGAGAAGUAUUCUUUUGGAGUUUUCCGGGCCCUCUCUCAUAUGACUGCAAUAUCAUAUGGUUCCUCUGACACACCAACAAAUGAUGUUGAGCUAUGGAUCGUCAUGACUAGCAUUGUGUCUGGUGCAAUCAUGUACACUGUUAUGGUAGCCAACACCGCUGCUUUGAUGACUGAUGUGGACAUUACAGCAAAAGCUUAUAAAAACAAGAUGAAUCAUCUGGAAGAUUAUAUGACUUUUAUGAAGCUUCCCAAAGCCCUGCGUAUGCGCAUUAACAGCUACUACCAGUCCCGUUAUGCAGGAAAAUGGUAUGAUGAGAAGGAUGUCCUGAAGUGGGUGUCCUCAUCUCUCAGAGAGGAAAUUUUGAUCAACAUGUGCUCGGACCUUGUGAGAAAAGUUCCUAUUUUCCAAAAACGUGAUAUAAACUUCAUCAGUAGCAUUCUGCAGGAGCUUCAGUAUGAGGUCUACCAGGAUGGUGACUUUAUCAUCUGUGAGGAUGCUCCUGGUGACCGCAUGUUCUUCAUUGAACGCGGCCAGGUCCUUGAGAAGAAUCAUUUUUUCCAGAGGGAACUGUGUGAUGGAGACUAUUUUGGAGAGUCGUGUCUCCUAACCAAAGAAAAGCAUUUGGCCACGGUUCAAGCUCAGACUACCUGCCAGCUCUUUUCCUUGUCAGUGGGUCACUUUCAACGCAUCCUGAAGGACUAUCCUGAGAUCAAGAGGGACCUGGAGUCAUCUCAACAAGAUAAAGACCUUCUGUUAUGAAGAUCAUCAUCAAUUUGGAUCAUUUGGAUCUGCACAUUGAACUUUAACUGACUGAACAAUUUAUCUAUUACUGUACAUGUAAAAAGAUCAGGACUACAAUCUUAAAUUCUGAGAGGUAGAAGUCGUCUUAUAAUAACAUAUAACAUCUCUUUAUAGCAAAACACAUUAACCAAUUUUGAAAGCUGUAGCUCAGAAAUCUCUAACCCAAACAUAAACAGUCCAGGUCUCUCAUGCAGCUCUCUAAGGGAGCCUUACUUAGCACGCAAUUGGCCAGAUAAAGCCUAAGUUAUAUCUCAAGAGGUGGGCUGGGGUCUUUCAGGUCUUAUAUUAACUUUCUGCAGUGAAGAUUUUGAUGGCAGAAGACCACACUGGAAUGCAGCUCCUCUGAACAUACAGACAAGAUGACUUUUGAUUCCUCACCUAAGGAAUGUUCGCAGAAGGAAGCCCAUGACAGCCCAGUGUUGCCAGUUAUAAUUUAACUUUGUUUUGGGAAACUUUGAAGCUUGUUCAUCUGGUUGGUUUCUGUUUCGCUGCACCUCCAUGAUCUGUUUUCUUUUACUGAAAUAUCUGGAACAGCGUCUUCCAGUGUCCUGUAGAGGGCGCCCAUCUGGUUUUUCAUCUGACCUGGUUUUUCAGUGUAAAGUCAAAUCAUCCCUGCUCUUAGAACAAAGAGAUAACCUGAAGCAGAGAAAAAUAAUGUAUUUUUAAUGAUGCGUAAAAAGAUUUCUCCACAAUUUUGUAUUUACAAUGAAAACAAAAAUGUUCAAGGGUGACAAUUUAUCAUUAAAAUUAUCAUUGCAGAGACCUUUAUGGUUGCAUUAUUGUCUAUAAGUUUAUUUUUUUUUAAAAAAGCAUUGCUCUAUUCUUUUAAUGUCAGAAUGUUUAAGACCAUGUUUAAAUUAGGCCUUAUGUACACUCAUAUUUAAACGGUAAACUCCAUCUUUUUCAUGCUUUUAUCUAAAGUGACAUAAAGUGCAUUUAAAGUAUACAUUUUAUCAUGCCCCUAAAAAAAUGACCUCAUGACCUUGGUGAUGCUAGCAUCAUGCUUCAAUUGUAGCACAUUUUGGUUACUUAUUUACUAAACAUUUAUUUACCAUUAGCUACAUUCUUACCUUUAAACAAAGUCUGAGCUGGAAGAUUUACAAUUACAAUUUACAAAUACUAUAUCUAAUUAUACAGACACAGCUGAAUUCUUUGGAAGUGUUUGACAUGAACUUGGUUUUGGAUCCUUAUUUUAUACACCUGUGGUGGAGAACUAAUCUGAUAACAUUUAUUACCUCCAGUUUUCUUCUCUCAGCUGUACUUGUGUAUAUGUAGGCUACAUAUUAAGUAAACAUGUUUGGACCUUCAAGAAAUAAAUUUGUGGGUUAAAUGGCUUGGUUCUGUCAUUUCUGUUAUGGUUCACCUCCCCC